UCCUUUCACACGCAGCCGAGUAGCCGAGGUGUCCAUUGAACGUCGGAAGUUGUUUUUUGGUUAAUGAAACUUGACAAAAUGGCAGAAGACAACAGUUAUGAGUCCAUGCUCUGUGUAAAGCCAGAGGUUCACGUUUACCGGAUCCCACCGCGGGCUUCUAACCGAGGAUAUCGUGCUGCUGACUGGAAGCUGGAUGAACCCGCUUGGAGCGGCAGGAUGAAAAUCACUGCUAAAGGGAAGAUGGCCUUCAUCAAGUUAGAGGACAAAAACACAGGAGAGCUGUUUGCACAAGCUCCAGUUGAACAGUAUCCAGGUUGUGUAGUUGAAUCGGUCACAGAUUCCAGCAGGUACUUUGUGAUCCGGAUAGAGGACGGCAAUGAAGGGCGUCAUGCUUUUAUUGGUUUGGGAUUCGCUGAUCGCGGAGACUCAUUUGACUUCAAUGUCGCUUUACAAGACCAUUUUAAGUGGGUCAAGCAGGAGGGUGAGCUCGCGAAACAGGAAGCCACUCAGAGCGCGGCACCUAAACUGGACCUGAGCUUCAAAGAGGGACAGACCAUCAAGAUCAGCAUUGGGAACAUCAAGAAGAAGGAAGCGGGUGGUGCCAAAGCUCGGCCUAUGGGUGGAGGUCUGCUCCCUCCUCCUCCAGGAGCAAAGCCUGGGGGUGUCCUGCCACCUCCUGUAGCACAGCAGACCGUCUCAGCUGUACCGACUAACGCUGCUGCUCUUUUAGACUUUGGCUCCCCCGGCCCUGCCGCCCAGCCCAGCUCUGACUUGUGGGGAGAUUUCACAUCUGCAGGUUCUAACCCCAGUAAAGAUGCUGCCAAACCAGGAUGGGUGCAGUUUAGUUGAGUCGCAAGGAAACGUGCACACACUCAGGUUCCAUACAUUCCUCGGACGGCACGACUGUGGCAAAAACAAACUAAAAGAGACUUCCCGGCUCAUCCAUCGCACUCAUUCUGUUCACAUAAAGGCCUCUUACCAUCACCCUCUGGAGGAACAAACGUGAAAAAAUGUAAACAUUUUUUUUUUUCUUUUUUCCAGAAUCUGCUAUGCAGUAGGAAUGAUUUUAGUCGUCAGGUAAUCACUAAAUUGUAAAUGUGGAAGUGUCUGCUCUCUUUGAAAGGAACUAGCGGUUUGACAGGCUGAAGGGAAAGAUUGUCUCGUCACACUAACCUGGUAAAACGUUUGUCUGUUGCCUUAAAUCAAAUAAUCCCUUCUUCAACUAGUUUCUAGACGUUUCACUGUCCACAAUCAGACUUGAUGGUGUCCUCAUCUCUGCGUCAUUGUCCGUGAAUUAUCUCUUGAAACCAGCACUGCUCAUCUCAAGGUUUUCUUUGCCAUUUGGGGAAAAAUAGUUGAAGUGACCCUGUUUUGUUUCGCUGUGUACCGUAUGUUUUGUUUGUAACUAUUUCCUGUCACUCUUGUUUUUGUAGUUCUUUCAAAGCUUUAUUGAAGUUUGGUGAUUAGUUUUACAUUGAAGCUCUUACUCCAUCAAAAUUACCAACAUCUGCUUUUUAAUCGCUGUGUCAUGUUCAUCAUCAGUUUGUUUGUCGGAGUAUCAACAUGUUAAUGUUCGUCUUUGUGUACAGCCUUCUCGUUUCCUUUCCUCAGGCGGAUUUUUAAAAUGUGCCUUUUAGCCCGUUGAACUGUCCUGACUCUUGUUGAUAAUUUGCAUCGAGUAUUUGAUUAAGUGCCUUUCUGAAAAAGAGUAUAUGAAAUGUAAACCCAUGUUUUCUUGUAAAUAAACUAUAUAUUUCA